CUGAGCGGAAAAGCUCCGGGGAAAAGCUUCUACAUUUUCGCCGGCUACAAGGCGGUCCAUCGAUCGGCAAUCUCCUCUCCCAGUUCGGCCUUUGUCCAGUGCGUUCUAGACGGCGUCCCCCUGCAGACGUGCGGAAAACCAAGAAACGUUCUCUAUUCAAAUAAUUCCAAAUUAUGCAACGAGUGCGCAACAUGAAAAUGAAAAGUUGCAAAUAAUUCAAUAAACCAAUAAAUGAACACGCAGAAGAGACCGAAACAGAAAAAGCAACAGCCUCAGGUGGGAUACACAAACAAUAAGGUGUGAAAAAUGGCGCAUCGGCUGAGUGUGAACAACCUGGAUCAAGGAGCCCCCCAAUCGGACCCUAAGCAAUUAUGAAAUUAAUAGCCAACUAAUUGGCCAAGAACAUUGAGAGCAGCAGCAUUGAACUCGCGGCAAAACAAAACAAGUGCGAACCCAGUGACAAAUUGGCGAAAUCGACGACCUUGCGUCUGGCGGAUCAGCGAACUCUUCGGCACACCACAAGCGGUGGCCAUGAAGCACGAGAAGACCCUCGCUGCCAUGGCUGUUCCCCACAAGCAGCGUCUCAAUCUGGCGGAGCAUUCCGCCCACGUGCCCCGCAGUCCCAUCACCAAGGCCUUUGACUUCCUGCCCUGGACCAGGAGUCGCAGCAAGGUGAACAUGGCCAAGGCCCAGAGUCAGCCGGCGGAGCAGCAGCAGCAGGCCUCUGCCUCGGCGGCAGGUGUUACCUCUGAGAAGCCUUCAGAGGUUCACUAUCACCGUAACAUCUUCCGCAGCGGCGGCGGUCUCAUCCGGGACAUCCUCGUGGGAGACAAGCAGCUCCAGCUGAAGGACAAGCCCCCACAGUCCCCGGUUCCCUCGCACAAAAAGAAGCAGAAGCACCUGUCCCGCAACAAGAGUCUGGAUAUCCGGGAGCUUAUCGGUUGCGUGGAGCGGGAAAUGGCUCCGGUGACCGCUGGCGGACUAAGUCAGCCUCCCCGCUUCAUAGACGACACCUACAUUGACCACAAGCCCAAGCACAUACUCUUCAACGAUGACGAGAACACUGUAUACAUUAUAAAGAAGGAGCAGCCGGUGGCUAAGGCGAGCCACAAGGGCACAUCCUGCUCGACAUCCUCCUCCUCUGCAACUGCUCCUGCCAAUGGUGAUGUUGUGAAGGCCCGGCUAAAGUUCAAGCGCCUGCCCGACGAUCACUAUGCCGCAUCGCCGGAGGCCCUGCGCCGAGCCCAUCAGCUCCACCAGCGCUCCGAGCAGCGUCACCAGUUGCAGCGAAGGAAGAGUCUCAGCGAUCAGCACAGCAGUUCCAGCCUGAGCAGUGGCGGUGGAGGAGGAAGCAAUGGAAACAACAGCCAAAUGCUGGAGCGUCCCAAGACCGACAAGCCGCGCAAGAAGCUAUCCUUCCGGGAGCCCAUCAUAGCCGGCGACCAGAUGCUGCCGCUCAUCCUCACCGAGCAGCGCCAGGCGAGACAGAGGCGGCGUAGCUCCCCCCUGGAGAGGAGGCCAGCAGCAGGCUCCCGACCAGAAUGUGAUAAUUUAUGCAAUAAUCGCACAAAGGAUGCAAUUUCAUGCGGCUGUGCGGCGAGCGAUCCCGAGUCCCAGGCCAUGCGCAUCGUCCGCACCGUGGGCCAAGCCUUUGAAGUGUGCCACAAAUUUAAUCUUCAUAAGAAUUCCCUGGAACCCAAUGACGAACGCUCCGACAUAUCCUCCUCGGAGCUGCUGGAUGUGGAGCAAGUCAGCGAGCAGCAGCUCAGCGAGGAUGGCGACAGGAAUGGCGGCGACAACGAGACGCCCAAGAAAGAGCACUUGGCCUUAUCGCCCGACUUGAACCACACGCAGCCGCAGCGACCGAACCACUUGGAACUGAUGCCAUCGCAUUCGAGUCUACGUAAAUCGAACAGCCUGCUGUGCGAUGUGGACGACAAGUCGCCCGGCUCCCCAUCUUCGCCGCGCACUGAGAUCACGCAGCUGAAGGAUCAACUGGAGGCACAGGCCCUCCAAACGCGCCAGGCUCUGGGCCAACUGAUGCUGGUGCGGGAGCAGCUCAUCUCGGAGACCAAUGCGCGCAUCGAGGCGCAGGCGCGCACCCAACAGUUGCUGCAGCAGAACCGCGAGCUUCUGGAGCACCUAGCCUCCUUGGGGGCCUACAACGAGCAGCAGAGUGCCGGCCUCACAUCGGCCAAUAUCGGAAUGGCACCGCAGCAAUCGCAGUUGCAGUUGCUUCUCCAGGCCACCAGCAACAACAACAAUCUGGCCACGAUCAACCAGCAAAUUAGCAACCUGGGCAGCAUCAACCAGCAGCUGACCUCGCUGAGCCACCAGCUGAGUGGCCUUAACCAGCAGAGCCAGCACCUUCAGAACCUGCAACAGCAGCAGCAGGCGCAGGCUCAGGCUACUGCAAAUCCCAAUCCAGCAACACCUCCUCCGGUGGCCAGUGGGAGCAGUCCAUAUCCGUCGAUGAGCCAGCUGCAGAGCAUUAGCAAUCAGCUGCAGCAGCAGCAGCAGCAACAGCAACAGGAUGCCCUGUCCAAGGACCUGUUUCAGGUCAAUCAAGAGCUGCUCAACCGCCUGCAGGCUCUGAAUCUGAAUGCCAAUCCGGCACAGACCCAGCAGACGCCCACAGCCUCGCCGCACAACUCCUUCUUCUAUGUUAAUCCCCUCUCCUGCACUCCGGCCACGCCCAAUAACAAUGCCGGCGGAGCCGGAGGCUUCAGCUUCCUCACCUCGCCGGCGGCCACUGGAACCCUGACGCCCUCACCGCUGGGCAGCAUGAAUCGGAACUCUUUCGCUGGGAGUUCGUCGCUGAACGAAGACAUUCGCCUGAGCAUCGAACAGAACCUCAACAACUUGGAGGAGCAGCUGAAGGCGGCGGUGUCGAAUGGCAACCUGGCUGGAUUAGCUUGCGGAGGAUCAACCAGCACCCGGGAUACCAGUCGCAGUUCCUCCACUCUGGACUCGCCCUCGUCUCCACGCUUGCGGAGCAGCAACAACAACAUCAGUCCCGGGAGCAGCAGUGGCCAGCAGAAUCACAACAACAACAAUAGCAACAGCAACAGCACGAGCAGCAGCCGGGAGACAAGAUUCAACACGGUCCUGCUGAGGGUCACCGACGAGGCGGGUCACCAGAGGAAGCUGUCGGCCACGCCCAGUUUCAUCACGCGGAGCACCAGCGAGAAGGUGCCCAAUCGCAGCCAGAUGAUGAGCCAGGUGCAGAGGACGGCCUGGGCCAGGCACACCACCAAAUGAGAUGGGCUCGGAGCACUGAAAACCAAGUAGUUUGUGUGAGAGAGCGCCGAGUGCCUGUGUAAAGAUCGAGUGAAUGAGAGAGAGAGAGUGGGUUGGAACAGUAUUAAUUUAGGAGCAAAAACCCUACUUUAGUUAUGCAUUUUAGGUGUCCCAGCAGAGAGGUAAUGUGCCAAUUAUUUAGCCCAGCUCAAAGUUUGGCCAAGUGUAACAUAUACUAAAUAUAGGAGCUCAAAGUGUGCCAAAAUCUAUACCCCACACACAACCCUCCCGUGUGCUUAUCUGGCUCAACUUUUUAGGUUAACUUAAUGUCUAGUCAGUGAAAGUAUUUGUGAAACAUAAUCCUAGCAAACCGUAAGCGGCAUAUCAGCAACAAAUGCAGAGACUUGCUCAAGUUCGUCGGAAAGUAUUUUCUCCCCUUAAAUGAAAUAUAAACACAAACAUAUAAACACGUAGUGAUUAAGCUACCGAGUCUAGUCUAAACUGGUUAAGUUGGAUACUGUUAUUUUUGUAAAUUGUUGUAAUUUAUUUCAAUUUAGGCUUCCACAAUUCGUUUGUUCCAAAAGGAUGCCAAAAUAAUAUGUUAAAUCAAGGUGUUACUUGUAAAUUAAAGUCUCCAGAACGAACACCAAUACAGGCAACAGAAAUAUGUAAUAAUAAAAGUCGCAUAAUUAUGUAUAAACAUUCUUUUGAUCCGCACAUAUAGUAGGAGUAUAUAAUAAGGGUAAUAAUUGAAAGUUAACGCUGGUUCGGGCAAUUUCCCUAAUGACUUUUCCGACACGGCCCAGCUCUGGCGGCCGGCAAAAACAAGCAGCAUACUUUUAAGCGCAUUAAGC